AAACCUUUCUUCAUCUUCGCAGAGUUUACGCUCAAAGCUGGCUUUCUCUCACAGUCAAGUCGAUGCAUAAGAUUGCCGGAUGGUCGACUGUUACCGCGGAGACCAAAUGGAUUAUCUCUGCAUUCUUUCAUCAGCUGCGGGGAACCGUUUCUAAGGCCAAGCUACGCCCUCCGAUCAUUGAAGGUCACACGGACGUGUUGGUAUUUCUUCUCCUCUCGUUCAUACUGUUUCUUUUUAACUGGGCUCUCCGCAUAUUCUUUGUUGAGCCCGUAGCUGCACAAUUGCUUGGAAAGUGGUCUACACGCGCGAAGGUACAAAAGUUUGCACAGAGCUCACUUGAGAUGUUUUUUUAUCUCACCUUCUCAAGUUUUGGUGCCAUAAUCGUGCCACGGCAAGAUUGGUUUUGGACCCCGUCGCUAUGGUUCAAGGAGUUUCAUUCUGGAAAAAUGAUAUAUAUUUCCGACGCGCUUAAGGCUUACUAUGUCCUCUAUGCAGCCCGCUACGGCCAAGGACUGGUUUCUUUGCUUGUUGAACAUAAGCGGAAGGAUUUUCGGGAGAUGGCACUGCACCACUUUGUUACAGUUUGGCUCAUAGGCCUCUCCUAUACAUACGGCUGGACUCGUGUUGGCGCGGUAGUGAUGGUGCUUCUUGAUCCGGCGGACGUUCCUCUCCAUAUAGCCAAACAGUUCAAAUAUGUUGGAGAUGUUCGAGGCGGUGCUCGGAAGAAGUCAUGUCAGGCAGCAGCAGACUUUUUUUUUAUGGUUUUUAUGUUUCUUUUUGCGAUAAUGCGGCUUGGACUUUACCCCUAUGUCGUUUGGACAGCUCACAGAGAAUCUGCACCGUAUUGGAAGCAGCAAAUCGGUGGACGGACAUGCAUCAUAUUGCUGUAUGUUCUUUUAGCACUCCAGAUUUAUUGGUUUACACUUGUGCUCAGAGUAGCUAUAAAGGUUAUCACGUGCGGCUCAGCAGAGGAUGUGCGUAGCGAUGACGAUGAAGAUGACUCUUCCGAGCAUAAAAAGCGAAAAUAAGGAUGACAUUUUUUUCCGGAUUGUCAAGGGUUACAGAUGAGGGUUCUGGAUUACUCGCGCAACGCAAGACGAUGAGUUGUCGAGUUGUCGUAACAUGGCAGAAAGCCUGCCAGGGGAUAGACUAUGGAUUUGAAUCCUUUUUAGAGUGACCUUUGACGCGGUAGAGCGUAUGAAGCUAUGACCCCAUGCUUCGAAUAAAAGAAGAUGUUGUGGCGUACUUUAGCACGAGCACGCCCAGUUUUACGCAAGUUUUCAGACAGCAGCAGGUUUAUGUAAAAUUCUUGGUACACAUAAGUUACCUUCGUACAUGUUUUAUAUUUUUAUAGUAACUGUAAGUUGUUACUGUACAUACAUAAAUAACUCAUAAAUACAUACAUACAGCUAACAAUAUAUUUUAUUUAUGAUAAGUUGUUACUAUGAUACUUCCAUAUUAUUAUUAAUAUGAUAUUAUUUAUAUUAAUUGUGGAUGGAGGUAGCUAAGUUGUAUGUAAACUUAUCUAGCUUGUAGGU